ACGCCGCGCCAGUCAGUGUGCGCGCCGUGCUCGACGCGGCAACAUGUCUGCGCGCGUUCCACCCGGGCUUCCCCUGUUCGCCGUUCGCCGCGCGGCACAUGCGACUCUCAACGCGCCGCGGUCUUCCGGUUGUUGUUGUUGAUAACGUGAUAGAGUUGUUGUUGAUUUGUGUGUGGUGCCAGUUGCCAGUCAGUGAAAAGUGUUGUCUGUUUCUGUGUAUGUGUCUGCGUGCUCACGCGCCUGUGUUGUGAUAGUGCAGUGAAUUGUGAGUGGUUGUGGUGAAGUGCAGUGAACGUCAAGAGGAAUGCCAUGAAGGUGACGGUGUGCUUCGGGCCGGUGCGCGUCGUGGUGCCUUGCGGCCACGGCGACAUCCUGGUCAAGGAUUUGGUGCAGCAGGCGACGGUCCGCUACAAGAAGGCGUCUGGAAAGGCUCCGGACACAUGGGUGUCGGUGCACGCCGUCAGCUCGGCCGAGGGCGGCCUGCUGGACCCGGACGACCGGCUGGUGGACGUGGCCGACGACCGGGAGACGCUGACGGCCACCUUUGAGGAGGCGGGCAGCGACCACCCCGGCGGACACACUGGCGGCGAUGGCGCCUCAGGGUCCUCGGUGGGGACCGGCUCCCCGGACAUCUUCCACGGCUCGGAGCGUUUCGGCACGUGCGGGCUGGGCGGGCUGGGCCGCACGGACAUCGAGGUGACCGGCGAGCAGGUGUCCGGACUGCAGCUGCAGGUGCGGCGCGGCAGCGAGCCCGCCCUCAACCAGCUGCCCGAGGGCCUGGACCGCCUGGACAGGGUGCCCUCCUCGACGCUGCCGCCGCCCUGCCAGCGCAAGGCGGCCUCGAAGCGCUGGUCCGCCGCGCCCAUCAUUAUGGAGACGUCGGAGACCUCGCCGCUGUCCAAGGCCGCCAAGGCCACCACCAACGGCCACGCCGGCAGCCCGCUGGGCAGCCCGGGCAGCCUGGACUGGGAGGACGAGGAGCGCGACGCACAGCCCCUGCAGCGCGACGCGCAGCGCGACGCGCAGCGCGAGUCGCACCUGCGCCCGCCCGCCUACGGCCGCUUCAGCAGGGACGGCUCCAACCGCCUGUCCAUGCAGUUCCUGGGCGAGUCCGCGGGCGGUCUGCGCUGGUGCGACGCCGCCGAGCGAGUGGCCAUGGCGUCCCUGCCCGCCAUGGGCUCCGGUUCGCUGUCGCUGCCGCGGGACCACCGCCGCAAGGAGCCCCUGGGCCAGGCCAACCACGCCGACAACGCGGACGGCCACGGCCACGGCGACAGAGACAGCACCGAGCUGGUGGUGCUGCGGAGCGAGGCCGGCCCGCUGGGCAUCCACGUGGUGCCGGACUACGACCACCUCGGCAAGGAGCGCGGCCUGCUGGUGCAGGGCAUCGAGCCGGGCGGCAGGGUGGACCGCGACCACCGCCUGCAGGUCUACGACCGCAUCAUCGAGAUCAACGGCAAGAACCUGCUCAACAUGCCAUUCCACACCGUUCAGGAUAUUUUCAAAGAUUCACUGAGGUCUCCUGAACUGAGACUGCGUGUAGUCAAACACCGCAGUAGCAUAGCCAACUAUACUAAGAAACCUCCUCCCCCUGUCUUUCCGAGAUCGUCCUCCGACAAGGAGAAUAUUGCCAUGGUUGAAACAGAGGAAAGAUUAGUGGGAAUGCAGACUAAAGUAGCAACAGUUUCUUCAACUAAGAAGCUUCCUACCAAUGGAACAAACAACGGAGGCCCUGGGUCCUCCGGCACACUUGUCCGCAACACAGCCACUGCCAUAUUGGCUGCCAAUACUCGUCGAAUGGGGAGAAAAGUGGCCAUUGAAUUGACGAAAGGCCCACAUGGCCUUGGCUUCAGCAUCACUACGAGGGAUAACCCAGCUGGUGGCAACUGCCCUAUUUACAUAAAAAAUAUUUUACCUAAGGGGGCAGCUGUUGAAGAUGGUCGCCUGAGGCCUGGAGAUAGGCUUCUAGAGGUGAAUGGUGUUGAAAUGACUGGCAAGACGCAAGCUGAAGCAGUUACAGUUCUAAGAAAUGCACCUGCUGGUAGUGUUGUUCACAUUGUUGUGUCUCGGCAAGAUGACACAAAUGCCACAGGCUCAAGUCCUCAAUCAAACUACACUGAGUCAUCACCUGAAUCUAGUGAAGAGUUAUCUAAUUCACCAUCUCAACCAGCAAACAGCAGUAAUGAGUCACAAGAUAGCAAUAAAUCAUCCAGUAGUGAAAAAGCAAUUCAUAUUACUAAUGGUUAUCACAAGAAUCAUGAAAAAUCAGGUGAAGAUUCUUUAAUAUACCCAUGGAAACACAAAGAAAUUCUUCAAUUUGACAUCCCAGUCCAUGACACAGAGAAAGCAGGCUUAGGUGUCAGUGUAAAGGGCAAAACGUCAGCUAAUCAGAGUGUUAGCAACUCUCAAGCCGCAUCAUAUGACCUAGGAAUAUUUGUUAAAAGUGUAUUACAUGGAGGAGCUGCCUCCAGAGAUGGACGAUUACGUACAAAUGAUCAACUUUUAAAUGUUAACGGAGUGUCACUCCUAAAUCAGUCCAAUGCAGAUGCCAUGGAGACUCUGAGACGGGCCAUGCUCCAUACUGAGGGACCCAUACCAGGGGUCAUAACAUUGACAAUUGCAAGAAGAACAGGGGCACCAUCUCCAUCAGCGCCAUCAAGCAGUACAAAAGAAUCCCUCAUUUCUAAAGGAAUUGAAGUUAAUGGAAAACAUGACGACACAUGUACCCCAGACAACUCUGGGACCAGUGAGAAUUCUGACAAUACUGUUAUAUUUUUACCUUACAAAGACCACAAUCGUGUUAUUGAUGGUGGUUUGGAUCGAAGCUUAGAUUGUAGUUUAGACAAAUCCUUAGACUGUGUAUCAAUGCGGAAUCCAGUUCUUGAUAGACUAACCGGGCACACUCAAAGUGCUCGUCACAAUGAGAGCUACUACCGUGCGACCCAUGAUACAUCAACAUGGAAUACGACUGCUCUCCUGGCUGGUGGUUCAUCACCCAUUGAUAGGCACCACGGCCACCUCAACAGCCCCACAGUUAACCCUAGUAAUGCAGAAAUGAUUAUCAUAGAAGAAAGCCCCACCUAUGGUACUCAACAGCCUCAUACCAAUCGUGGUAGGAGGGGUGAGGGUGAGGACAGCCGCAGACCAAGUGUCACUAGCCAGCAGUCGCAACCCAAUAAAGUAGGACCACAGCUGCAACAUCAACAAUCACAACAGUCAGAACAAAGCAACACCAGCGAACCACAUGGUGAUGUGACCUAUGCAAGCCAGCUCUCACUUGAUGAUGCAGCUGGAUUUUCAAGAGAUGCCUUUGGACGUCAAAGUAUGUCAGAAAAAAGACAUGCCACCUUAGAUGCUAAAAGUACUGAUACAUAUCAACGCAACAAGAAAAUUAGGGAAGAGCGUGAGAAGCGAGAAAAAAGUGGAAGCUCAGACCAUGACACCAGCAAUGAAGGACGCCAUAAGAUUCAAAAGGCAACAGCAAUGUUGCGUGGUAUCUCUGUUGAAUCUGUGACGAGUGUUCUUCAAGCACAUGAAGCUUCUGAGUAUUCUGGUGAACGCAAGAAAUUCGAACUGGGGCCUUCCCUGGGGAUGAAGAAGUCGUCCAGCCUGGAGUCGCUCCAGACCAUGGUGCAAGAGAUCCAGAUGCAGGAGGACGGCGACCCCGCCUACACGUACCGCAACGCCCAGGGCGCGGUGCGUGUGAUCCGUGGCCGCGGCUGCAACGAGAGCUUCCGCGCGGCCGUGGACCGCAGCUACGAGGCCCCCUUCGCCUCGGCCUCGGCGGACCUCCGGGACCGUAUGGAGACUUUGGCCGAGGAGGACGGCGUGGCCGUGGACGUGCGCGACGUGCACGCCCCGCCGGCCUUCGCCUGCGCGCGGGGGGCGCCCCGCCAGUCGUCGCUCAACGCCAUGGACGCCAAGAACAAGCUGGGCAAGAAGAAGCCAGGACUGCUCAAGGGCAUCGGCUCCAUGUUCCGGUUCGGCAAGCAUCGGAAACCAUCCGAUUUGGACUGCGAGAUGGACAUGGACGACCCCAUUGGUGAAAUGGAGGCCGCUCGAAGAGCUGCUCAAGACGAACAGCAACGUAUUCAGGAGCAAUACCGAAGGUUGCUUCAACGUCAACAGCAGCAGCAACAACACCAACAACAGCAGCAGCAGCAGCAGGAAACUGCCAGUGUGAAUGGGUCUGACUACGGUCAUACAGGCCAUAACAAUCACCAAUCAUCACAGCAGCAUAUGAAUCAUCACCACCAUCAUCACCACCACCAUCAACAACAGCAGCAUGUCUCUUCGUCACAUUCACAUCACAGUCAACAAUCACACAGCGGAGGAGUUGGCGGCAGCAGUAGUGAGGGAUCUCCUGGGGAAGCGGGUCAGUCACGCACUCAGAGAAUUCACCAGUUGCGAGCCCAGCACCAGCGAAGACAUGUUGAGCGCAGGGGCCAGUAUCCACUGGAUGAGAGGGAGGAACGCUAUGAGCAGGCCAUUCAGCAGAGAGUCGAUCAGCCAUACCAGCAUCAGAAGCACAAACCGACUGUGCAUCCUUGUCCAUCUCCCGGAGCAUAUGAUCUCUAUGGAGAGAUGACUAGGCCUGGAAGCCGAGUAGGAAUCACGGAUCCAACUCAACAUUUCAGCCACUAUGUUAAUUAUGACGAAAUUCAGCAGCACCUCAAUCGGCGGCAGCAGCACUACCAUUCACAACGGAGAGACAAUCGUGAAUCCCAUCAGAGACCAGUUUCAAAUUUCUAUGAAUAUGAAAGUGUUCAGGCUGUCAUGAGAGCUAACCAACACCGCAUGAUGGACAAUGGAAAUACAAAUUCACUUCCUCGUCGGUCGCCACAGAAUGGUGGUCCUUCACCACAAGGGCAGCAUAACUCAAGACCCCAAGGUGGAAGUCACAGGCUUUUCUCAACCUACGGUCCGGUCAAUGGCUCCUCCUUCCAUCACGGCCCUGUAAAUGGUACAAGUGGUAUUCGCCAAGGGCCCUUCGUAACUCAUGUUACAAUUCGUGAAGCCUCCCACACACCUGGUUCAAAGGUGUGAUGCUGUUAAUUUGUCUUUCUCUUAAACAAAAAAUCUAUCAGUAUAAAUCAUGAACUUCCAUUACAUUUAGUGCUUUGUUUGCCAUGAACAUUGUGUGCCAAGAGUUAGAUUGUGAUAGAUGUGCCGUACAAAGAUACAGAGGCCCAGUGGGCCAUGUCUUCUUAUUGUCAUAAGCCAAAGAUCAUAGAUAAUAUGUGCUAUGACAUAAAAUGCUGCCUUUACAAGAAAAGGAAUAUUCAGAUAGAAUUUCUGCAUUUCCUUUUAUGUUCUCAUUAAUUAAACCUUUUCUUAUUCUAUCUUCUUGAGACUUUUGUCAUGGCCAAGUAAUAUUGUGUUUUGCAAAGCUGUUUCAAAGUUGUUAAUCUUAAUCUAGUCAUUAACAGUAAUUACAUAUGCUGUGGGUGUAGCAGCUUACAGUUUUGCCAUGCCUUCCUUGAAACAAUCAAAAUGUAUGUUUGAACGUUUGGAAACUGAUCUGCUUGUUUUGGGUUAUUGUUUGAUUUGUGCAAUCAUUUAAUAGUAUUUCUUUCUUCUCCUAUGGAGAGAGGUUUGCUCUUGUUGUUGUUAGACUAUGUUUUGAGCUUUUAUUCCAUUUGAGACAAUGGCACUGAAUUUUUAGUGUUGAAAUAUUGUACAAUUUUACACCAGUAUUUUGGGCUUCUUACUUAAAAAUGGCUUAAUCUAUAUUCUCCAGGAACAAAAUGAAGUUUCCAAGUGAAUUAGAGUGUGAUUAGGUACUGUUAUUACUAUUUAUGAAUGUUUAAAAAAUGUUUCUCAUUUGCUAUAUGCCUCCUACUCCCAGGGCUGUGCUCGAUUAACAGUGUGUUGUUUUUCUUCGGUAUUGUAUUUGAAAGUGAUACAUGUGUGACCUACCCAGUAAUCACACAUUGUUCUUCGAUAAAAAAAAAUUAUACAAAAGAACUAAGUAUGUAUAGUAGACCACAUCAGUGUCCUUUAGUUUAUAAAUUGGCUUUAUUAUGUUGCCUCCAAUGAGCAACAUUUGUGAUUAUAUCAAUUUUAUACUGAUCAACUUUUUCUACAAUAAAAUAAAUAUAAUAGUUUCUAAUA